UCAAUAUUCCGCCAGCUUGCUCCCCCAGUUUAAGUCUAAUCGAAUUGAUAUUGGUACCAAUCGAAAGAGGAAGGUUCAAUCUAUGACUACACAACUUUUCAGCUCGAUCGAAGACCUUUUAGUUUGAACGAAACGCGCCUAAAGUCGGGCGCCUUCCAUUAGGCAGGGUGGCGGCCGGACGCCAGCGGCCUGCUCGAACUGCCGCAAAACGUUCCGCUGCGAUUUUAGCCAAAACGCGUUAUUACGCUAUGUUUCGCGCACAUUUCGUCUCUGUAUGCAAGAAAAUAAUUUUUAGAGACAUUUUGCAUCCAAACAUGACUAGUUUUCACGAUUUUCGCGAAUUAUCUCGUGGUGAGGUUAUGAGGUUAGAGUUGUCCUAAACAACGCCGAUGGCCUAGGCGCUUGUUUGUCGCUGUUCGACUCAUUUUAACAUCUUUCAAAGCAGAUUUCCUACCAAAUCGCCAUGGAAGAACAGCCACCUAUUGAGGAAGAAGUUCCAAAGGAAGCAAAGCAGAAAAACCUCGGAAAGUCUCUCGGAGAAAACAAGUCAAGCGGACCAAACAGCGCGGCCGCUACAAGCCUGUUGGGGUUACUGAACUGGCCGAAUGUAUCUUUUCUGAUGAUGAAGUGUGUGCUGAUUAUCUUGCUCAACAUAUGCCUGUGGCAAAUUUGGACGAAGUUGACUGCAGACCAACUGAAGACAUCACUGUUGCUGAGGACAAUGUCCCAACCGAUGCUGCUGAUGACACUGAUGGGAUGACAUUCACUGAUUCAUCCUCUGUCCAAUCUGGUUCAGAUUUUCAGUCGUCUGUCAGUUCCAGAGCCAGCUCAGUUACUGGAUUUCAUUCAGAUGUAUCACGUCCAGAUUCAUCUUUGGCUACGGAAGUGUCUCUGUCGGUUUGUUCCGACUCUACAUCAAGACCUCAAACACCUGCCGAUUCAUCAAGAUCAGCAACGCCCGUUGAAUCUUCAAGAUUUCCAUCGACUUCAGCUGUGAAAGAACCGCCAAUUAGCAGUGUUUUCAAGGACCUUGGUGUAGUGAAUCCUAAAGAAGAUCCCAGAAAAAUAGAACUUUCCCUACAGUGUGUCAAUACUUGUCUAGUGAAAGUACGAUCUUUGCUGCCCACAGCUUGGGUCCCAAUUAUUGACAGAAACAGUUUUCACUUUUUGUUGUUGUCAGACACUACACCAAAGGCGGUUCAAAGAGAAGUGAUCGUGACAUUUCAAGGUUUUGUAUCUAUCAAUAUUCAUUGUGAAAGUAUCUUCAGUAACCAAACUAUUACCAAGGUUCCUAUUCCUUCCUUGGCUGAAGAUGAAAAAAGUUGCCAACUCUUCUGUGAACAAAGUGUGGCUGUUUGCAGGGAAGUUAUGAAUUAUGAUGUUUGUGUUGGAGCUGACCAUGCAGUCACGAGGAAAAUUUGGCCCACCAUCCCCCAAACUUAUGUUGACAGAAACCCAUAUCAAGAGAGAAGUUUUAAGGAGACAUGCAGAAGUGUAUCGUGUCUGUGGUUGGUUAGUGUGGGCAAGGGUAAGGCGCCUCGCUGUGAAAACUGUUCAUCUGUGUACAAAAGUCUGAAGAGGAGAGAAGAGUUUUUGACUUCGGAAGAAGCUCAUCCUUGCACUCCAAACAUAUUUCUGACACCUGACCAAGUAAAUGUAAAAUUGAAAACCCAACACGAUGACAUAAGAAAAAAGGACAAAAGAAUUUAUUACCUUGAAAAGAAGGUGCAAGAUUUGUUGGAGAAAGAAGGCGUGGAAAUUGAAUCUGAUCUGGAUAUCGCUUUAAGACAUAUUUUGGCAAGCACUGAACUAACAGAAAUUCAAAAAAUGUUCCUCGAAUGUCAAAUUUCAAAUGCUGCCAAGUCAGACAAAAGGACUAUCAGGUGGCACCCAACUAUGAUUCGACUGGCAUUGCAUAUUAAAAGCAAGAUGACCAACUCUGGGUAUGAUGGAUUACGAGACAGUGGAGCAAUACUUCUUCCUCAUGCAAGAACACUUUAUGAUUAUUCUCAUGCCAUACAGGCUCAAGAUGGGAUUUCUGAUGGAAUAUUAGAAUUGGUAAAGGAAAGGGUGGAUGGACUUAAAAAAGAGUAUCAGAAGUACCAUGUUUUGCUGUGUGAUGAAAUUUACAUUUCCCAGAAUUUAGUGUACCGAGGAAAUGGUCGCAAGGAAGGGAAAGGAGAUGAGCUUGUGGGCUAUACCCGUCUUGAUGAAGUAGAAAAAGAAGUGUCUGAUUUUGAAACUUACAUUGAAAGUAAAUUUACGGGAAAGGAAGAAAAAGAAAAGGAAGCCCAACUAGCCAAAACAAUGCUUGCCUACAUGGUGAAGGGUGUUGCUUCAAAUGUGAAGUAUGUGGUAGCAGGAUUUCCUCUUAGAACACUCACUGCUGACACAAUGUAUGCUAAAACAUGGAAUGUUAUUUCUAGGCUUGAAAAGGCAAAUGUUAAAGUGCUAGCAUUUAUUUGUGAUGGUGCACCCACCAAUAGAUCUUUCAUCAAAAUGCACACACCUUUAACAAAACUGAAAUCUAAAGUUGUCUUUGACACUCUGAAUUUUGCAUCCCCCGAAGAAAGACCUCUUUAUUUCAUAUCAGAUGUGUGUCACUUGAUUAAAACAAUAAGGAACUGUCUCCAUAAUUCUGGUGACAAGAAAACUAGGUACUUGCAAAAAAAUGGGGAGAAGCUAGAAUGGAAAACAAUUGUACGAUUGUAUCUUACUUUCAAAGAUUGCAACUUUAGGAAGUCCUUUAAGUUGAAUAGUCAAAAUGUGUUUCCAAACAAAUUUUCUUGCAUGAAUGUAAGAAAUGCUGCUCUUGUUCUUAGUGACACAGUUGCCCUUGAUAUUGAAGACCAAAAGUGGACUGGCACUACAGAACUGGUUAAGUUUAUAAGAUAUGUUAACAAAUUUUUUGACUGUCUGAAUGGUGCAUAUUCCUAUGAAGACAAAAGAACCAGAAAUAAGAACUUGGCACCAUACACUAGUGCAUGGGACCCUCGAUUUGACUGGCUUGGGGUCCCUCACCCACAACACCCAAACCCUAUCGAGGAUGAAGUUCUAGAUGUACCAUUCCUCAAAUACUUAGAGGACUGGAGUGAUGAGGUCCAGGCUCUGCGAAUUGAUCCAAAAAAGAAAGAAAAGAUGCUGCUGGCACAUCAAACAUUGUAUGGCAUUGAAAUGAGUAUUAGAGGUAUCGCUGGGUCCAUUCGCUACCUAUUUGAAAAUCUAAAGGAGCCACCCAAGUUCAUCUUGGCACGUGUAUUUUCUCAAGAUCCAUUGGAGCAGCACUUCAGUGAGCAACGGGGUGCUUGUGGUGGCAGCAGAAAUCCCAACGCUGCACAGUUUGCUUCAAAGAUGGCUGCAUCUGCUAUUGAACGAGACUUAGGAGUUAAACAUAGAAGGAGCAACUCUGCAGAAGUCACGCAGAAGGGAAUGGAAAUAACUAAUGAGCCGCUGCCCAAAAGAAGAAGGCAAAGGAAGUAAAUGUGUAUUGCUGUGUACUGUUUUGGUCCUAAUUUUGUAACUUGUUCUGUGUUUUAAAAUAAG